AUGAGCUGGCUUACACGCUCCGAGCCGCCGUUGCUGCCGCGGGCCUCCGUAGCUCAACCUCUGCUUGCGGUUGACGUGGCCAGUCGCCGGCUCGCCGUGGAGGGAUAUACGCCCAAGGGCCGCCGCCGUGCUGUCGGCUCCUCCGGCUUCCUCGAUCGGCACUUCUACCUGAGCGCAGUGCUCGCCGGCGCGGUCACUCGUCUCAUCGCGGGCACGCUCGUCCAGCUCUUGGUAGCGCACCGCGGUGGCCGUCCCGCGCUGGCGCCGAUCCUUCACCUCACCCUGCUCGGCGCGGUCAUCGGCGGCGUCAUCAAUGCGGGGUGGUACCGCUGGCUGGACGCGGCCAUCGAGCGCUGGAGAGGCUCUUCGCCCCGCCUGCAGGUGCUGCUCAAGGUCGCCGUCUCCUACGCCUGCUGGGCGCCCGUCUGCAACUCUGCCUACCUCACCGCGAUGCCCCUCCUGCGCGGUGAGAGCCUAGCCGCCGCCGUCGACGCGGCGCGGCGCUCGCUCGGCCGCCUCAUGCUACUCGAGGCUGCCUGCUUCGCACCCUACAACCUCUUCGCCUUCCGGCUGCUGCCGCUGCCGCUCCGCGCGCCGGUGCAGUCCCUCAUCGCGCUCUUCUUCUCCGUCGGCCUCGCGCUGCUGACCGACGACGAGCCGACCCUGUACGAGGAAGGGAUCGGCGGUUGA